AGUUGUCGUUUAGCUGUCAAAACGAACUAAAUUGAAUCAGAAAGUGAUCUUCCGCAUGAAUCGAUAUAUUUGUGCAAUCUCAAGCCAUCCAUGUGACAUGAAAAGACAUUUAAUUGAUUUUUUGUGUAAACAAAUUUCAUUGACGUGUGUGAAAACAAGUUACUGUUGAACUGAUUUAACAACUACGAACAAUUUCUGAAUAUACUUCCAGAAAGUUCUUUAUUGGAGCAUCAUCUAAAUUAAUCGGUUGGCAUCUUUUCACAUUUGACAUUAAUAAAAUGAUGUCGAUAUUGUUUGCAUUGCUUGCAUUUACUCAAUUUGCUAAUGGAAAUAUUGGCACAGAUCACCAUCAUCCAAAUGUUAUCAUCAUGCAUAUUAAUAAUUUGUAUUGGAAUGACUUGGGAAUCCAUGUGAACCGAAAAGAUCACGAGAACGCCACGCCAAAUAUUGAUUAUCUCGCAUAUUCGGGAAUUAUAUUGAAUCGAUUCUACGCAAAUGGUGGUAUUGAGUCACUUCUUUCAGGCUGCUAUAAAACUUCAGAAUACGGCAAUACAAACUUAUUGGCCAAUUACUUUCAACGAAACGGUUAUCAAGUAAAUUUCGUGUCUCGACAGAACUUUGAUAAGAUUGAUGCAUUUGAGGCUGAAGUACUCAAUGCAAUCUCGAAUGAUCAAACCCCGUUCCUGCUUGUCACUGAUUUCGGACACGUUGGAGUUGACAUUAACAUCCCAUUUGUCGAUGAAAUCGUAGCUUCAAUUAUGACGAAAGCACACGAUAUUGACGCGAUGAAUAACACAAUAUUUUUGUUUCUCUCCCUUCCUGAUAACAAUGAAUCACCAUUAGAAAUCAACAUUAGACGAACAGCUUUCAUUUAUAGUCCGCUGUUAAGUUUACAGCAAAGAGUUUCAAAUCAAAUUAUUCACGUAAUUGAUUUGUUACCGACACUCGUCAAUGCCUCUAGCCUUAAAUGGAAAACUAAAGACGUUAUUUAUGUUGAUGGAAUUAAUCAAUGGUCGGCACUUAACACUAAUGACGAAGAACGAUUAGAUGUUUUCGGCACUAAUUUUUAUAUCAGCAGUUUAUGGAAGCUGACGUAUGAUGGAAACGAUGAUGACGGUUUUUAUGGAUCAAUACGGAAUGAAAAUAUGGAAAGCGAUAUGGACCUGACAGACUUCGAUUUUCUGUCUUAUGUUCAGACAAUAUUCUCGUCUGAAAUUCAACGCAUUUUUGACAAGCUUUCGUCAGAAAAAAUUAUGUAUACACGAAUGCGAGCGAAAGUUCAUUGUAACUUGAAAGAUAUCGAUAGUUCCGCUGUCGAAAAUAUAAGAUGCAGUCACGCCUCUCCAUGUCUCUUUAAUUUGAUGGAAGAUCCAUGCGAAUAUGAUAACAAAUUUGAAAAGGAAUUUGAUCAUCGACGGGAGCAAAUGAAAAAUAUUCAUGAACGCUUUUUGAAUGGCGAAGAUAUUGAAAGUCCUUCGAUCAAAGAUGUGGAAGGUUUUCUAGAGGAUGGAGCGAUGGUUGGGAUUAUUCUUGGUGGUACAGUCGUUGGUUGUAUUUGUAUUUUCAUUGUUGUUGUUUGUGUAAAGGAACAAUGCAAUAAGAAGAGAAGCGUCUAUCACAGUAGAUCAGGGACGACAAUUACUCAACAACCAUCAAAUGAAUCAAGAGUUGAAAACGGUUAUCUCAAAGAAAUGUCAAAUGGAGACCCUUUUCCGAUAUCCACUGUCAGUCGCAACGUCAAAUUUGAUGAAAGAGUUUCAUCUGCUUAAGAAAUAAAUUUAUUUAAACUAACUUACUAAAAAAAGUUUUCAAUUUCAUUGAUGAAAAUGUACAUAAAUAAAUAUUGAAGAACUGUUUUCCUUUUUGCAGUAAUGUAAAGAUUGGUAAUGCAUUAUGAUAAUUCCAAUGUCGAAAGCCUCUUACAAAGAGAUGCAGAUAAAUUUAAAUUAUUCAGAUACAUAUGAUAUGAAGGAAAGCAUAAAUGUCUUACAAGGUAAUGUACUUUCACGAUUAAUUCGUUGAAAAUCCUUGUAUGAAUAUAUCUGACAUUUGAUGAGAUUGUAAUUAAAUGUUGUAGAUUAUUGAAGUAAAAGUUUUUCCAUCCUUUGAAGAAGUCAAAUAAGUUAAAAUCAAAAUGUGAUUUAAUAAAAGAUAAAAUAUAGAAAGAUUUAAUUACAACAUAAGUAUGCUUGUUAUGGAAUGUUGUUAAUACAUAUCUUUAAAAUGCCUUCAAUUUACGACACAAUGAAUCAAUUAUCGUAAUUAUUAUUGUUCUCUUCCCAUUUCUCAACUAAAUGAAAAGCAAUGAAAACAGCAAGAGCAACAAA